AUGACGACCGACUUGCCCCCAGAGAUCCCCUUCCCCCUCGAGAAGCAGAUGCUUCCCGUGCCCGGCACCAAACAGCCCGGAUUCUCGCCCAUCUACAAGAGCGCCGCUCAGCCCGAGUACAAGACCACUUGCACCGUCUACGAGACCCUCCUCCGUGGCAAGGACGAGCACCUCAAGUCAGAAGCCGCUGGCUGGAGGCCCUGGAACCCCGUCACCAAGAACUUUGAGAACCACUUUGAGUGGUACACCUACGAAGAGGUCGAGGAGGAGCGCACCGCCAUUGGCUCCGGUCUCGGCUACCUCGCCAAGUCUGGCCGUCUCGGUAGCGAUGUGGGACCCUCCGAGUGGACUGCUGGUCUCUGGGUGCUCAACCGUCCUGAGUUCAUGAUUGUCGACCUUGCCAACUUGGCCUACAACCGUCGCACCGUCUCUCUCUACGAGACUUACGACGCUGCCUCGGCUCAGUACAUCCUUUCGCACUCCGAGACGCGCAUUCUCUUCACCACCACCAACCACGUUGGUGUCACGCUCGCUGCCGCUCAGGCUGGCAAGCUUCCUCUCCUCAAGGCCAUUGUCAUCCUCGACAGCUUCCGUCCCAGCAAGGAGACCGUCAAGGCCGGUGUCGUUGACCCACAGCGCGAUGUCCUCGCCAAGGAGUGGGCCAAGGGCUGCGGAAUCGAGAUCUUCAACUGGUUCGAGAUCCUCGAGCUCGGUCGUGCCAACUUGGCCGCUCACACUCCUCCCAAGUACGACUCGAUCCACUCCUUCUGCUACACCUCGGGUACCACAGGCAACCCCAAGGGUGCCAUCAUCACCGCCGGCAUGGGUGGCUACGUCACCACUUCGAUGGCCUUCAUCAAGCGCGGCAGCUUCACCCUCAUCUCGUAUCUCCCCACUGCGCACAUCUACGCGCGUCUCUGCGAGAUCGCCGUGUUGCGCACCGGUGGUCGUGUCGGCUACUUUUGUGGUGACACGACUCGCCUCUUGGAGGACAUGGCAAUUCUCAAGCCCGACAUGUUCCCUUCGGUGCCGCGUGUGCUCAACCGCAUCGCCGCUUUGGUCCAGGCUCAGGCCGCUGCUCCCGGCCUCAAGGGUGCCCUCCUCCGCAAGGCCAUCGCUGCCAAGGUCGCCAACCACGACCGCGACGGCACCUUGACGCACGCCGUUUACGACCGACUCAUCUUCAAGAAGGUCCAGGCGGUGCUUGGUGGCAACGUCAAGUACAUUGUCUCCGGCUCGGCUCCCAUUCGUGGGGAUGUGCUCAAGCUGCUCCGUGUCUGCCUUGCCUGCGAUGUUCGCGAAGGGUACGGUCAGACCGAGAACUACGGCUUCUGCACCAUCAUGGCUGCCAACGACACGUCUCUCGGCUCGGUCGGUGCCAUCUACCCUGGAAUGGAGCUCAAGCUUCGCGACGUGCCCGACCUCGGCUACACUUCCGAGGACAAGCCCUUCCCUCGCGGCGAGCUUCUGGUCAAGUCGCAAUCGACCAUCCCGGGUUACUACAAGGACGAUGCCAAGACCAAGGAGACCAUCACCGAGGACGGCUUCCUGCACACGGGCGAUGUUGUCGCUAUUGACCAGUUCAACCGCGUCAAGAUUGUCGACCGUGUCAAGUCGCUGCUCAAGCUCUCGCAGGGCGAGUACGUUGCCAUUGACAACCUCUCCGAGUUUUACGGACAGAACCCGCUCGCUGCGCAACUCAUGGUGCACGGCGAUUCGCUGCGCGACUACCUCAUCGGCAUUUCCGUUCCGGAGCCCACGACGUUCGCACCGCUGGCGAGCAAGAUCCUCGGCCGCACCAUCGCCCCCGAAGACACGGCCGCGCUGUCCGAGGCAUGCAGCAACGAAAAAGUCAUCGCCGCUUACCUCGACCAGUACACCAAAAUCGCCAAGAACAACGGCCUCAAGGGCUACGAGUACAUCAAGGGCCUUCACCUCACCAUUGAGCCCUUCUCGGUCGAAAACGGCUUGCUCACCCCGACGUUCAAGGUCAAGAGGCACGAGGCGAGCAAGUACUUUGCUAGCCAGAUCGAGGCGCUCUACGAGAAGGGGCCGGUCAACAUCUCCAGUGGCCGACCUAAGCUCUAA